ACACCCAGCAUUUUUGCAGAGCUACCCUCUUCCCACUCUCUCCCUCUCUCUCUGUCUCACUCUCCCAAGUCUUACCCUCUCCUCUUCCACACCCCACAUCCCAUCCCUUGAACACUUCAUCCUUUCUCCUUCUCCUUCUCCUUCUCCUUCUGAUUUAUAGUACUGCUAAGUUGGCCCUUAAUAGAGAAAAAAAGGAGAGGGGACACAGACUUAUUUAACAACAAAACAAAACCAAAGCUUUAGCUUUAGACAAGAGAGAAGAAAGAAAACCCACCCAACAGCUGCAGAGGGCACAAACACUGCAACAACAGCAGCAGCAGCAGCAGAAGACAACAACAGAUCUGGUAAUAGAAAGAGAAAGAGAGAGAGAGAGAGAGAGAGAUAGAAUGCCAGGGAGUGUGGAGCCGUUGGAUCUGGUGGGCGUGCAGAUACCGUACCACUUCAGGUGCCCAAUCUCGCUUGAGCUGAUGCGGGACCCCGUCACCGUCUGCACCGGCCAGACCUACGACCGCUCCAGCAUCGAGUCCUGGGUCGCCACCGGCAACACCACCUGCCCCGUCACCCGCUCCCCUCUCUCCGACUUCACCCUCAUCCCCAACCACACCCUCCGCCGCCUCAUCCAGGAUUGGUGCGUCGCCCACCGCUCCUUCGGCGUCGAGCGCAUCCCCACCCCUAAGCAGCCCGCCGACCCUUCCCUCGUCCGCUCCCUCCUCUCCCAGCUCUCUUCUACUUCUUCCUGCCUCCCCGCCCUCCGCCGCCUCCGCUCCCUCGCCCGCGACUCCGACAAGAACCGCUCACUCAUCGCUUCCCUCGGCGCCCGCCACGCCCUCCUCUCCAUCCUCUUCUCCUCCCCCGACCACCCCGACCUCGCCCUCGAGUCCCUCGCCGUCCUCUCCCUCUUCCAGCUCACCGACUGCACCGAGUCCGACUGCACCGCCAUCGCCUCCGACCCCGACAAGGUCUCCUUCCUCGCCCGCCUCCUCUUCCACCCCUCCUCCCUCGAGGUUAGGGUCAACUCCGCCGCCCUCAUAGAGGCCACCGUAGCCGGCACCCGGUCUCAGGAGCUGCGGGCCCAGGUCAGCGGCGCCGAGGGCAUCUUAGAGGGCGUCGUGGCCCUGCUCCGGGACGCCGGCGCGGCCUACCCGCGCGCCGCCAAGGUCGGGCUCAAGGCCCUCUUCGCGCUCUGCCUCGUGAAGCAGACCCGCCACCUCGCGGUGGCCGCGGGGGCACCCGAGGCCCUCGUGGACCGCUUGGCGGACUGCUCCGCCGGGGCGGACGCGGAGCGGGCGCUGGCUACGGCGGAGCUGCUGUGCAGGGUGCCGGCGGGGUGCGCGGCGUUCGGAGCCCACGCGCUGACCGUUCCGCUGCUGGUGAAGGCGAUACUGAAGAUAUCGGACAGAGCGACGGAGUACGCGGCGGGGGCGCUCCUGUCGCUGUGCACGGCGAAGGAGAGGUGCCAGGGGGAGGCGGUGGCGGCGGGGGUGAUGACGCAGCUGCUGCUGCUCGUGCAGAGCGACUGUACGGAGAGGGCCAAGAGGAAGGCUCAAAUGCUGCUCAAGCUUCUCCGGGACUCAUGGCCCGAUGACUCCACCGGCAACAAUUCCGACGAUUUUGCUUGCAGUGAGGUCGUUGUACCCUUUUGACCAGAAGAAAAAAAAGAAGAGGAAAUGCUCCGACCAGAAAAAAGGAAAAGAAAAAAAAAAGAAGAAAUCUUCUCCUUUAUUUGUUUUUUUACCUUAGUUUAAUUAAAUGAUCUCAUCUUAUUUUUCUAAUCCGUAGAUAAUGAGGGAAAAAGAGAGCAAGGAAAUGAAUGAUGAUUAGUUAACGUCGGCGGAGGAGGAGGAGGUAGAUUUGGUGUAUAGAGAUUGAAAUGUAAUUUCUGUAUGUAAUUUUUGGAUGCAAGGAUUUUUCCUUUUUUUGUUUUGGCAAAAGGAUUUUUAUGUGAAAGAUUUGAUUAAGAAGCAUACAA